AUGGAGGCGCCGGGUGGCUUCGCGCCGAUGCCCGCUGCGCUCAAGCAAGCUGCGACCGAGCAGCUCGAGUAUCACAUGUUCGUCGGCCUCUUCCCCGAGAUCCACCGCGCGUGGCUCACCAUCGACCACAUGCUCUUCCUCUGGGACUACAACCACCCGUCGGGAAGCUUUUACCAGUACGACGGGCUCGAGCAGACGAUCAUCAACGCGGCGCUGGUGCCCUGCAAGCCAGGCGUCUUUGCGGCCGAGGCGACGCCGCGCCACCUCCUCCUCCUCUCGACGCCCUCAGAGGUGGUGGUGCUCGCCGUCUACCCGACCGGACCCGCAGGCAGCAGAGACGGAGGGGCGAGGGAGGGGCGAGGGGAGGGAGGGGUCCGGUCACCCCGCGGCGGGACGGCCGUAGGCGCGGAGGACUCGACGAUCGACAUCCACGAGACCGGCUUCGCCGUCCCGUCCGACGGCGACUCGGCUGGCUUGGCUGGGCUUGCUGGCGCGAGACAGUUCCGCGUCAACUUCGUGGCGAUGGCGCACACGCCGUGCGGCCGCGUCUUCAUGGCGGGCGCCGACGGCUUCCUCCACGAGCUGCAGUACGGCUUCUCCGAGCGCUGGCUCGGCGGGUCGCACCGGAUGUGCCAAAAGAAGAACGUGUCGCGCAAGCGGGACCGCGCGUACAACUUCGUGCUCUCCGCCUUCCACGAGUGCGCGGACCCGAUCGUCCAGCUCGAGUACGACGCCGAGCGGAACAUCCUCUACUCCCUCACCGCCGCGUCGGCGCUCGGUGCGUGCAGCCCGCCUGGCGGCCCUGCAGGAGGCCGGCAGCGUCGGAAGGAGCUGCUGCUGCUGCCGCGCCCCUCCGGCGACUCGCUCCGGUACGUCGCCUCGAUGGAUGCGCGCGCCGUUCACCACGCGCUGCGCCACUCCGGAGCCAUCGCGGGCGACUCAAAGACGCUGCAGCGGCUCGACGAGGACAUCAAGGCCGCCGAGCGGGCGCCCGCCGCCUCGCGCGAGCUCUCCCCCGCCUUCGUCGCGCUGGCGCCCAUCCCCUCCACCGUCUCCCACCUGAUGCAGCUCGAGCUCGUCUCGUCCUCCGGCGUGCGCGUCUGCGACGCGGCCGGCGCCGUCGAGCUGCUCUGCGUGAGCGAGCUGCUCGCGGCGCGCGGCGAGGACGGCAAGCCCGCCUCGGACGCGGCCAGCCUGACUCGGCUGCGGCUGCGCGGCUCGCUCUUCGCCGCGUGCUCCAUGUGCCUCCUCGCCGUCCUCUCCCCUGGCGCCGACCAGCCGACGGCCGGCGUGCUCGCCGGCUGGGCGCAGCACCACGGCGGCGUCGUGGCGGGCGCGGCGCCCGCCAUGUCGGAGGCGUUUGCGACGGCGCAGGGAGUCGCCAUCCGCGGCCAGGCGCAGCGGCACUCGGGGCGGCACGGCGGCAUCUGCCGCGCAGUGGCGCGCCUCUUGCACGAGAGCUGGUCACAGCCCCUCUGCUGUAGCACGCCGCGAGGCGGCCUCGCGCUCCGGCACGGCCGCCCCUUUUGGCUGCGGCUGCACGCCAGCCUCACCCGGCUGGUCGCCCCGGGGAGGUUGGCCGAGCUGCCGGAGCUGCCUCCCAAGCUCAAGGCGCACUUCGCCGCCGGGCUCACUCUGCAGGGCCUCGCGGUGCCGCUGCUGCUCGACGGGCGCGGCAAGCCGCAGCCAGGCCGCUGGGACGCCGACAUCGAGGCGCGCUUGCCAAAGGCGCUCUUCCACGCGCUCGGCGCUGCCGAGGCUGCUGGCGGCGCGGCUGCGUGGGAGCUUCUCUCGCGCGCCGACGCGCCGACGACCGCCGAGCCGGACCGCGCCGCUCUCCUCUCCGACGCGCUCGCCGCCUUUCUGCCCGCGGUGUCUGCCGACGCGUCGGUCGACCUCGCCGUGCUCGUCGACGCCUUCUUCGCCCACCACGCACGCGCCAAGCGGGCGUCGGCGCCGCCGGUGGAUCCGGCGCCGGGAGCGUCGCCCGUGAGCGAGGCCGCCGAGCGGGCGCUGGCUCCGUCGGACGAGCUGCUGCUCGACGCGGCGGCGUGGUGGCUCCUGUACGGCAACCGGGAGGAGGAGCUGGUCGAGCUCGCUUCGCCGCGCCUGGAGGCGUUCUGCGCCGCCGGCCCGCCUCCGGAGGGUGGGCGGCGCGUGUGGGCGGCCUUCCUCUCUCCCGCGGCGGGCGAGGCGCUCGAGUCGUGGGAGGCGCUGGCCGCGACACCGGAACCGGCUGGCUUCGGCGAGGCGGUGAGCCGUCUCUCCCGCGGCUACCUGCUGCCGCGGCUGCUCUUCCGGCGCGGCCAGUACGUGGAGGCCGCCACCGCCUUCUCGACGCAGGCGGUGCGCGCCGCGAGCGCGCCGGACGGGGGUUCGGCCGGGGCCGAGGGCAGCAAGACGCGGCUGCUCGAGGAGCGCAUCUCGGCGCUCUCGCUCGCGGCGACCGCGGCCAAGGCGGCGGGCUCCGACGGCGCGGCGCGCCUCGGCGCCGACUUUAUCCGCGCGGCCGACGAGCAGGCGCAGCUCGCGCGGCUGCAGCUCGGAGUGGUGCUUGAGCUCGAGCGGCUGGGCGCGGCGGACCCGGCGGUCCCGGGCAGUGCGCUCGCCGCCCUCGCGGCGAGCAAGGGGGUGCCCGCCUCCUCCCUCGCCGCCGACCUCGCCUCGCAGGCCGAGGCGGCGGCCGGCAGCCUGCUCGAGCUGACCGCGGUCUUCAAGCUCGCGUGGGACGCGCAGCUGUGGAGCGCGUCCCUCGCCGUCCUCGACUUCGCCGCGCCGCACCGCGCCUACCCCGAGUACGUCGACUUCGCACUGCAGCAGCUGCUCGCACCGGCGACGGCCGACGGCGCGGCGCCGGCGCCGUGGUCCGAGGUGCGCGCAGUCGUGGCGCGGCUGCGCAAGGCGCACCCCACCGACUACGUCUUUUGCCUCGACACCAUCUGCGCCCUCCUCGAGCGACGCGCACUCACCGAGCCUCCCGCGUCGGGCGCGUCCGGCGCGGUGGUCUCCCUCCUCUCGCCGGCCAGCGGUGCAGUGCGGCCCGAUGUGAGCUGGGGCGGGCUCUACGCAUGCUACGCCGGGACCCACCACUGCGGCCGCCGGAUGCGUGCGCUCUGGGAGGAGUCGCCGGCGACGCAGCUGCACCUCCUCGGAUCGCUCGUCACGCUGCUACGCGGCUGGCUCGAGGCGGCCCGCUCGUCGGCCGACGAGAUGCGGCGGCUCGUGUCGGCCGCGCGCGAGCUCGCCAUCGCCGGCGACUUGGACGCGCACAUCGUCCGGCUCGGCGGCGACCUCGCCUCGUCGCCCUCCGCAGACCUCGCACCGCGCUUGCACACCGACCUUCGCGAUUUGCGCGCCGCGCUCUCCGCCCUGACUCGCAGCUGA